AUGAACUUCCUACGUAGAAGAGGUUCUGGGUCAGAUUCCGAUGCAGAAGACGAGGAUAACCAGGACCAGUUUGCCUCGUCCACCACAAACAGAAAGAAACAUGCCAAGUCUAGGAAGCCUCCAAACACAGCAUUCAGGCAACAGAGAUUGAAGGCAUGGCAGCCAAUCUUGACACCCAAGAGUGUCAUUCCAUUUCUCUUUGUUUUGGCGGUGAUAUUUGCUCCCUUAGGGAUAGCUAUAUUGCACACGGUGUACAAUGUGCAGUUGGUUCAGGUGGACUACUCGCACUGUUCAAGUGCCACCACGUCUUUGACUUCGAUCCCGAGCAAAUACACGAAGUAUCACUUCCACGGAAGUAGCAAGAACCCUGAAUUUAAGUGGUCGGUAUCUAACGGAACAGACUCGUUUGGCGAUGUACAGCAAACGUGUACCAUCGAGUUCACAAUCCCUAAGGAUAUCAAGGGUCCAAUAUACUUGUACUACAAGUUGACCAAUUUUUUCCAAAACCAUAGAAAAUACGUACAGUCUUUUGAUGCAUACCAAAUCAAGGGUGACGCGGUGUCUGCGGGCUCAUUGUCGCUGGACUGUAAACCUUUAAGAGAAAACUCCGACGGGAAAGCGUACUACCCUUGUGGAUUGAUUGCCAACUCUUUCUUCAAUGAUACGUUCCUGUCGCCCAAACUCCUCAAUGCACAGUCCAGUGAAGAUUAUGAACUCUUCAACAUGACAUCAACGGGAAUCAGCUGGAAAUCUGACCGCACAAAUAAAUUCCGUAAGACCAAGUAUGACGCUGACGAAAUCGUACCACCGCCAAAUUGGUACAAGAUGUAUCCUGAUGGGUAUAACAGCUCCAACAUUCCAGAUUUAUCAGAGUGGGAGCAUUUACAGAAUUGGAUGAGAACAGCUGGGCUACCAUCGUUUUAUAAGUUGUACCUGAAGAAUUUGGACGAUACAUUGCAGUCCGGUACUUAUGAGAUUGAGGUGGUUAUGAACUACCCUACCUCUAUCUUUGGAGGUACCAAACUGAUUUUAUUGACUACAAAUUCUAUAUUUGGAGGCAGAAACUUGAGCUUGGGGGUGAUAUACUUAAUAGUUGCAAUUGUGUGCUUGGUGUUGGGUGUUGCUUUCUUAUUGCAACACUUGAUCAAGCCCAGAAGAAUAGGCGAUCAUAAUUAUUUACAGAACGGACCAAUAAGGGAUGCAUUAUAG